GAUGGCUUUGCCAAAGCCUUAAUAAAAAAAAAACAAAAAAAAAACAUUUACCUGUCAUAACAAAUGGAUUUGGCAAUGGCUUGGCUCGUUAAAAUGCAAUUAUAUAAAUGAAAAUGUUAACAUUUUAUGAUUAUCACCAACGUGAAUUUAAGUUCUUUGACGUUCAGAUGACGUGAUAUUUGUAAAAAGUGUGUGAGUCAUAGAGAACAAUGUACCAGGUACAUAACAUUUUGAGGUUAUGUCGUACAACAGGGGUGUUGCAAAACAAGCGUUAUAACCGCCCGCCAGUGACGAACACCAACGAAAUCAAGAAAAUCGAAGAGAAACCACUGGAAAACAAAGAUUUCAGUACUUUACUCCAAAAUCACAAAGAUAAAAUCUCGUUUAGUUCGUACCUGGAGCACGAAAAAUUGGAACUAGGUUACUUCAAGUAUUACCUCAAAACUGUUAAACGAGCUCAGAAAACUCUGAAUAAGCAGUUGGAGGAUAAAAGAUUACCGCCGUUGCCAUUAUCGCUGCAGUUUUAUGUUGACAAAAAUAGGUUGUUACAAGAGGAAACUGAAGAUAAGGUGAGCGAGCCUGAGAAGGUAUUCCAGUUACCAUUUGCUAAGCCUACACAGGUGGAAAUCAAUGAAAAUAAGACAAAGUCACCUGAAACCCAAAUAUCUUAUAAAAGUAACAAUGAAUUUGAUCGCUCAAGCAUUGAUCAGUGGAUGACCAACUAUGAUUAUUUCGAUGACACAAAGCUCCAUCAGAGUGAUUAUGAAACAGAUGGUGAUGAUGAAACCAGGGUAAACAGUGAGCAUUCAAGCUACUAUGGGACUCCUGAUCCUAACAGUGGCGUAAGCCGGGUGCCCUGUGGGGGAUGUGGAGCCCUGCUGCAUUGCAGUGACCCAGCUAUCCCAGGCUAUCUGCCUAGUGAAAUAAUGAGAGGCAGAAAUGACACUGAAUUGAAGACAUUGGAAUGCCAAAGGUGCCAUUUUCUCAAAGAAUAUAAUAUUGCUCUAGAUGUCCGCGUGCAGCCCGAAGAGUAUGAGAAACUACUGCAGUCCAUUAAAUAUGUCAAAUCUUUGGUGGUGCUGAUGAUAGAUCUCUUAGAUUUUCCUUGCUCCAUAUGGCCUGGCAUCAUUGACAUUAUUGGCACAGAUAGACCCAUCAUUAUUGUUGGAAAUAAGGUGGAUCUAUUACCGGGAGACAGCAUUGGUUACAUAAAGCGCAUCAAAGAAUCUCUGAUGACAGAAAUAAACAAAACGAAGCUAGGAGAAGCAAACAUUAAAACUGUAUCUCUCAUCUCAGCUAAAACUGGGUAUGGAGUCGAGGACCUUAUCUCAGCCAUGUUCAAACACUGGCUCUACAAAGGAGACGUUUUCUUAGUUGGUUGCACCAAUGUUGGUAAGAGCUCUCUGUUCAAUGCUCUGCUGCAAUCUGAUUACUGCAAAGUCCAUGCUGUAGAUAUUGUCAAAAGAGCAACAGUUAGUCAAUGGCCCGGCACCACACUCAACCUACUCAAAUUCCCCAUCAACCGCCCAUCUGGGUGGAAGAUUUAUCAAAGAACACGCAGAUUGAAAUCAGAAGCUAAACUUAUGAAGAUGGAAAAGGAAAUUCGAAGAAGUCAACUGUUGGGCAAUGAACCUGUUCAGCCCCCAGCUUUGAUAGGUCGCAUUGGAAGGACUUUUUCUGACAACAGAGAUUAUUAUGAAGAGACUGUGGACAGAGGUAAACAGCGAAAUUUAAUGGUGUUGGACGAUAAACAUGAACUGUUUGCUCACAGCAAAUGGUUCUACGACACUCCGGGACUCAUUCAUCCUGACCAAGUCCUGUCAUUGCUGAGUACUGAGGAAUUACUAUUAACCAUUCCAAAACAACCGAUUAAGCCACAGACUUAUUAUUUAAGCAAAGGCCAGACAUUCUUCAUUGGGGGAUUGGCCAGAAUAGAUUUUAUUAACAGCACAGAACCAUGCAGGUUUACCAUAUUUUGUUCGGAAUGUCUGCCUAUAACGGUCACAAAGACUGAGGAUGCCGACGAGGUGUAUGAGAAGUUUGUAGGCACCGAGUUGUUCGCUGUGCCUACAGGGGGUGAAGAAAGACUGAAGAAUUGGCCAGGUUUGCAGAAAUAUCAGAAUGUGGUGGAAUUUGUGGGAGAAGGUCCCAAAAAAUGUUCAGGCGAUAUUGUUCUCUCGUCAAUAGGGUGGGUGUCGGUGACAGCCAAGCGGGGAAGCAAGUGCCAAGUGGCCGCGUGGACGCCGGAAGGGCGCGGCGUGCACGCGAGGCGCCCGUCGGUGCUACCUUUCGCCAUCAACCUAAAGGGAAAACGUUUGCGCGAAUCGCCCGCCUACAUGGUAGGAAAAGCGUAUGCAGAAAAUGAUUAGCGGUACCUUAUGUUAGUGAUACUUGUGCAGUGAAUAAAAACAAUCCAUUGAUACUUGUCUUUGAACUUAUAUUAAUUAGGUUUAACACCUGUUCCACCUGACAUAACACAUUCAUAUUAUCCCAAGUGGGUUUCGACGCUGUCAAUAAAUGGUUUAGAAAAAACUUAUUGACCCUUAACAUUGAUAAAACAAAAUACAUGACUUUUCCUAUAACUCACUCUCCCAACCGACUUUAAAUUCAUAUUCAAUAUUAAUGCAAAACUGUUUUGGCUCGCCAGAAAGUACCUGUAUGAAUGAAAUAUUUAAGCAUCACACGAGACAGGUAUUUGAACUUCAAGCCCCAUAUUGAAACCUUGCGGCUAGAGUAUGAAAAUUUAUUUAUAUUUUCAACAAUUUAGACAUGUCGCCAGUGGAAAGCUACUGAAAUAGAUUGAUUGCUUUGCUUUCUGGAUAGCUUUUUGUUCACUAUGUAUAAUAUAAAUCCAAUGAACAAUUAUCUAAGUUAAGAUGCUAGUUAAUGUAACUAAUAAGUAUUCAUGUUUUAUUGAAAUGUAUGUUAUUGAACAAUAUGUUGACUAAUCAUUAUGCUAUAAUCACGUAUUUGGAUGCCGCAGAUACAAGUAAACAAUAUUAAUUGGUUUAGGUAUCACCUAGAUUAACUUGCACUACUAACCUCAAUUAAAUUUAUGAAAACAUACAGUAAUUCACUGUUAGUGAUAGUCUGGCGCACAUAUGUAAAGAAAAGGUUAUUUAAAGAAAAUGUAUUUACGUGAAAUUUUAUACAGAAUUAAUUUAUCCUGACCUUACCUAGCGGCAUCACAACUAUCGGAUUUACAACUCGGUCGUAGUGUCGGUAACGUAAUCUGUAACGGUAACUAAAAACUGCAAAUCAAGAGAUUAAGGAACGGACACAACACG